UUCGCUGAAUAGCACUUUUUUGGAUACAGAAACAACUGUGUGUAGGCUAUAGCCACAACUUGCGAGGAGUUCCGUUGCCGCACAUCAAUACCCGAACGUUAAAAGGGAAGAGCGAGGCGAGGGGAAAAGGACUGACGGUACCCAGAGCAUCUUUCCGGGGCUAUCAGAGAUGGAGAGGGGAAUAAGAUUCAGCCCAAAUUGGCGCCGCGCUGCUUGUUUCCUGCCUUUGAUUCUGUGCUUUUUCGUUCCGUUGGCCAAAACGGAGAUAACUUGCAGAUCAUGCCAGCCCCUGGACAAGACGAAUUCGCGGGAAUUACUGCUGAAACUGGACACACUAGAAUUCGCAACAGGGUCCGGAGGGGAAGUUGUCGAAUAUGGAGACGGGGCAGCAGGUUUUAAUUCCGAGAGUGGUGAAACUCGCCGGUCUGAUUGCGCAGCUAAGUCAUCUAAAUGCGGCGCGGGUCAAGGGAAAUUCUCUCAUUCCAAGCGAAAGCGGAAUAUUGACAGGCACUAUUUGCAGAAGAAAUCCGUCCACGGAAGCGGGGCUAAUGAAGGGGGAGAAUCUGACAAAAGCCAGAAUAAAGUUGCACAGCCCCAGUUUAACGGUCGCAAGGUAGCAGCUUUCGGGAGAGCACACACUAACGCAACUCCCACUGCCCCCGAUAAAUUAUACACGCGCAGAUUUCGUAGGAGCAGCCGGGGACAGGAGAUCAGAAAUAAUCGUGAAAAGUCACCUGCUUCAUUUUUUUACACGGAGCCGCACGCGGACAACGUCCAGCGUGAGGGCACUGUCGUGCAGGCUGUGCGUCGGUUCCGCCGCUCCGACUCGCGAUGGAGAGGGGACGAACGGAGAAUGGCCAAUUCAAGGCAGGACGAGCUGAAACUUACCAGCUCAACCUUUGCAUUGACCGGAGACUCUGCCCAUAACCAAGCCAUGGUACACUGGUCAGGGCAGAACAGCAGUGUGAUCCUGAUGCUGACGAAGUUCUACGACUUCAAUCUGGGCAGUGUGACUGAGAGCUCCCUGUGGCGGUCAACCGACUACGGGACCACUUACGAGAAGCUAAACGAGAAGGUGGGGGUGAAGACAAUCCUCAGCUACUUGUACGUCAGUCCCAACAACAAGCGCAAGAUCAUGCUGCUGACGGACCCGGAGGUGGAGAACAGUCUGCUCAUCAGCACGGACGAGGGGGCCACGUACCAGAAGUACCGCUUGAGUUUCUACGUCCUCAGCCUGCUCUUCCACCCCGAGCAGGAGGACUGGAUUCUCGCCUACAGCCACGACCAGAAGCUGUACAGUUCUAUGGAGUUCGGUAGGAGAUGGCAACUGGUUCACGAACGUGUCGCCCCCAAUCGAUUUUACUGGUCAAAGAUGGGAGUGGACAAAGAGGCGGGACUCAUUCACCUGGAGACCAGCGUCUCAGAAACACAGGCCCUGUAUGUCACCUGUAAGCUGCAGAACUGCACUGACGGCAACAAGGGGAAGCCGUUCCCCGGCUACAUUGACCCCAACUCCCUGGUGGUCCAGGACGAGUAUGUGUUUGUUCAGGUUACCACGGGUGGGAGGACCAUCUACUACGUGUCAUCGCAGCGGGACGUGUUCACCCCGAUGAGGCUCCCGAAAUACACUCUGCCCAAGGACCUGCACGUGAUCAGCACGGAUGAGAAGCGGGUUGUGGCGGCAGUGCAGGAGUGGAACCAGAACGACACCUUCAAUCUGUACGUGUCGGAGUCCGGUGGCGUCUACUACACCCUGGCCCUGGAGAACGUGAUGAGCAGCAUGGGGCCCGAGGGCAACGUCAUGAUUGACCUCUAUGAGGUGGCAGGAAUUAAAGGCAUGUUCCUGGCAAACAAGAAGCAGGAGAACCAGGUGAAGACCUACAUCACUUACAACAAGGGCCGCGACUGGAGACUGCUGCAGGCGCCUGAUGCCGACCUGAGAGGCAACAGCAUCCACUGCAUGCUGCCCUACUGCUCUCUCCACUUGCACCUCCACGUGUCGGCCAACCCGUACACAUCAGGAAACAUUGCCAGCAAAGAGUCAGCCCCCGGCAUCAUCAUGGCGUCAGGCUCUAUCGGUGCUGAGCUGAGCAGCAGUAACGUCAGCAUGUUCAUCACCUCUGAUGCGGGCAACACGUGGAGACAGAUUUUCGACGAGGAGUACAGCGUGCUCUACCUGGACCAAGGGGGAGCUCUGGUGGCCAUCCGACACACUCCACUUCCCAUCAGGCACCUUUGGCUCAGCUUUGAUGAAGGCAGGCUGUGGAACAAGUACAGCUUCACGUCAUCUCCUCUGUUUGUGGACGGCGUUCUGGGGGAGCCUGGAGAGGAGACCUUGAUCAUGACGAUCUUUGGUCACGUGAGCCACCGUUCUGAGUGGCAGCUUGUGAAGAUCGACUUCAGGUCCAUCUUUAACCGUCGCUGCACUGACGGAGACUACCAGACCUGGCACCUACAGAACCAGGUGAAGGUCUCAGACCCUGGGCAAAAUAGGAAUAUGUUGUCCCCAUGUUCAUAGACUGUGUGUCACUUUCGACUCGAUUAUGGCUACGAGAGGCGAAGUGACGGGAAGUGCUCCUCUGCCUUUUGGUUCCUGCCGUCGUCCAUGUCGAGGAGCUGCACAACGGCGAGCAGCUUCCUCAACAGCACGGGUUACAGGAAGGUUGUGUCCAAUAACUGCACGGGUGGUGUGGUGGACCUCUACACAGCUCGCAGGCAGCCAUGCCCCCGCAAGUCCCCUAGGGGGCUCCACCUGGUCACCAGUGAUGGCUCCCUCACUGCCACCGUCAACAGCAACGUCACCUUUCUGGUGUUCCUGGAAGAGGGCUCUGGUUCACGCACCACCAUCAUGCUGGACUUUGGCAACGGCAACACCAUCACCUACUCCAACAUCAGCACGGUGGAGGACGGCAUCAAGCACGUGUACCGGAGCGUGGGCAUCUACCGCGUGGCGGCCACCGCCCGCAACGACCUGGGCGCCGAGACGGUGGUGCUCUACCUCCACGUGACCUGUCUGCUGGAGCACAUCCACCUGGCCGCUCCCUUCGUGGCCGUCAAGAACAAAGAGGUGAACCUGACGGCCGUCCUCUGGCCCAGCCAGGUGGGCACAGUCACCUACAUCUGGUGGCUCGGCAACAACAGUGAGCCAGUGAUUACACUGGAUGGAAGCGUGGCCUUUACCUUCUCCAGGGAAGGCGUCAACGUCAUCACUGUGCAGGUGUCCGCCGGGAACGUCAUCCUGCAGGACAAGAAGACCAUCGCUGUCCACGAGUACUUCAAGUCCCAUCUGUUGGCCUUCUCCUCCAACUUGGAUGAGCACAACCCCGACGUGGCCGAAUGGAGACUGGACGUCAGCCGGGUCAUCAGGAACUCAGUGGUUCAAGCCACAGGUAUAGACCGGGAGCUGCUGCUGGUCACCGUGUUGCCGGGGCUCCCCACGACGGCCGAAUUUUUCCUGUUGCCGGACAAGCACAUCACCGAGGGCAAGCCCGAGAAGACCAGCACACACCUGGACGAGCUGUCUGAGAUGGUAUUAGGAGCCCUGAAUCAGAACCUGGUGCAGUUCACCCUGAGGCCAGGAGUCCAAAUCACUGUCUACGCUGCUCACUUAUCCGCAGCGCCUCUAGUGGACACCAGUGAGAACCACAGCGGCUCGGCCAUGCUGAUGCUCCUGUCGGUGGUGGUGGUGGGUCUGGCCGUCUUUGUCAUCUAUAAAUUCAAGAGGAAGAUCCCAGGCCUCAGCGUCUAUGCACAGAUGCAGAACGAAAAAGAGCAAGAAAUGAUCCAGAGCCCCGCGAGCCCCGCUGUGGACGCUGGCGCCGUCGCCACGGCGACGACGACGCCCACAGCGGCGGGGGCGGGGGCAGCUCUGCGUGCGGCGGUGGUGCCACCACGCCCGCCGCGGGAGUUGGCAGCGUCCUCGCUGAAGGCUCUGGACAUGGAGCUCGUCACUCAUCCCAUAGAAUGCAUUAAAUCUCAUUCACGAGUCAAAUUCUCAACAGAACUCCCCACGUACAUUGACGUCUGACGCCCUGGGUUCCACCCCGACAGAGAUAUCCUGUUUGUGUUCACGGACUUGUGGUUCUGACACAAAAAGGUUUUAAGCUUUAUACCUGUGCAUGAUGGACACUGCUGACACUAACUGUGCUCUGUGAAUACCAGAUUAAAAACUCUGUACAGGUUUCUUUUUUUUUAUACAUACAUGUCGUUUCAACAAAAAUGAAGCAUUUUUGCUUACAUUUAUUUAUAAAACUAUAAAGUACAUACUUCAGCAGAAGGAGAAGGACAGCAUGUACUAUUUAAAAAGAAAAAGAACAAAAAAAGGUUCGCUACUGUCUUAGCAUCUCCUUGCUUUAUUGUGUUGCUAAUAAUAGCAAUACAGUAUUUAUUCCUGAGUAUAUAUUAAAUAAAAGUCACAUUUAUUUUGUAAAACAUGAAUGUGUAUGCGAGAUAUUUGUGUAUUUUAAUAACAGACUAAACUGAAAUGCUAUCAGUUGUGUUAACAAUGCUGAAAAAAAGUUACAUUUAAACCCACUGUCUCAAGGCGAAACUUUGUGGCACAAAAACUCUUACUCCCGCAAUUUUGUUUUUAUUAUUUCAUUUCAUUGUUUUAUAGUGUUUGUGUUGAUGUUAAUAAUCAUAUUACAGGGUCUAAUACCUUUAUUUAUAGUCUCUUGUGUUGUUGCACUCUGCUGUAAUUUGCUACUUGUACAAUCUGUGCUCUAAUGUGUCUCAAAUUACAACAACAGAAUUAGAUCAUUGAGUCGCAUAACACCAUCUUUCAAUUCAUAAACCUUCUUCACUGGAACAAGG